AUGUCCGAAGACAGCGAAUUACAAGCAAAGAUCGCCGCUCUGGCUGGAAGGAUCAACAUCCACAAGCAGCAGCAGCAGCAGCAGACCGAAGACCACCACCCCCCUGCCUACUACGGUAAACCCGCGAAGCGGACGACUCGCCACCGUGAGAAGACCAUGGCUGAUGCUGGACAAGGUCGCGGUCGCGGACGUGGCGGUUGGGCGCCCUACCGUGGCACCCCAUACGGCGCUCCGCGUGGCCGUGGUGGCAAGGUGUUCAAUCGCACUCUGGUCCUGAACAACAACCGAGCCAGUAACGCUUCGUCUGCCGAUAUCACUUCCCCGACGAACGCAUCCACUGCGGACGGCGCCCCUUCGCCGCACACCAAUGAGGCAUCUGGAUGGGUCGUCAAGCGUGAUAGGCAUAUGCAGCUGAUCAACCCCGCUAUCUACGAUCAGGUGGCUCAGCAACGGGCCAAAGAUAUAGAGCAGAGCACCGAGCAGCGCCGCCAGCAACGCAACCUGAAGGAAAAGGCCAGGCUCAGCAAACACUUCCAGAUGACGCUGGAGCCCGGACAAGCCUCGAUUGGAGACCAAGCUGCCACGACCCCGCAGAAAUACGAAAUCGAAGUCGACAACAUCCGCUUCCGCGUCACCGAUGGCGGCAGCAAGCUCGUUAGGAUCUCUAACGAUCCCAGCACCGCACGCACAACGCCGAAACAGGCCAAGAUUGGUGGUGUUACGUUCUUGAGAAGCAAGAACGGCAAUCUCUACCGUUCUGGCCUCAUCAAGAACAAGCAGAACAAGCCUGUCAAGAAGAUCAACGAGCCUUGCCCAAGGUUCACUACCACCGGAACGUGCGCCAAGGGGCCGCUGUGUCGCUAUCUGCAUGACCCGCACAAGGUUGCCAUCUGCAAGGACUAUUUGCUGAGAGGCAACUGCGCGCUUGGCGACGGUUGCGACCUGUCGCACGACCCCAGCCCCAAUCGCGUCCCUGCAUGCGUGCAUUUCAUGCGCGGCAACUGCACGAACGACGCUUGCCAUUACGCGCACAUCAGAGUUAACCCGAGUGCGUCUGUGUGCCGUGCUUUCGGGACGGUCGGCUACUGCGAGAAGGGAUCUGACUGCGCCGAGCGCCAUGUGUUUGAGUGUCCUGAUUAUGCUAACCACGCAGUCUGCCGCAACCCCAAGUGCCGGCUUCCUCACGUCGACCGGGCUGGCCAGAUCCGCAAGGCGGCGGCGGCGCAAACGGCCAGUGCCGAUGCCGAGAUGGGGUCGCCAGAUUUGUCAAGUGACGAUGAGUACGACGAGAUCGACAGCGACGACGUCGAUUCGGAUGAUGAGAUUGAGGAAGACGUGGUCAUGCACGGCUCGGACGACAACGGCCAGGAGCUGUCGCAGCAGCAGGAUUUUGUGGGCUUCUGA